AUAUAAACACAAUAAUAUAGGUGAAAUUUACUCCAGUGCAUUUCUUAAUAUCAGUCAUCCAUAUUUAUAGUGAAAAAAUAGGAAGAUGAUUUUUCGUUAAAUAUAGAGGAAAUUUUUUAUUUUAUAAAUGAUGAAUUGAUGAUGAUGAUGAUGGUGGAUCCCAUUAAUCAUCAUGUUUUGCUUUCUCAGCCAACUAAUUGAAUUCAAAUAUCACUUUUUGUUCCGAAAAUGAAAAAAAAAUGGUGAAGAAAUUACGGAAAAAAAAGGAAGUUGAAUCUUGUUUGUCACUAAUCAUCUCCUAGUGAUGAUUAAUAUCGUGUAUUUUGAACCAAGAAAGACCGAUGUCAGACCGGACGAGGAUUAGAAAUGACUAAACCAGACUUGGUAUCCAUUUUAAUUGGGGGAAAUUGUGGAAGAAGUCACCAAAAAUGGCGGAAAAUGUUGGAAGCGGCGAGAGCGAGUUCGGCAGUGUCACUUCCUCUCAGGUAUCUUUCCUUAAGAACUGCCCCUUCGCCGAUCCUCUCGCCGGAGUGGAAGAAGACACUGACUCGGACGGCACGGAGGUUCUCGGGACCCCGAUUUCGCCGCCGGUUACCCGAACUCCGAUCCUCUCGCUUUCGACCCCGAUCAGCCUCGAUUCAAUCAACGAUGAGGACGUGUUCCGUACUCCUCCCGAGAACGCGUCUCUCUCCUCCUCCGCAGCCGGAUCCGAGCCCAGAGCUAGGGCUUCGGAGCUCAAACCUCGACGACGAGGAGGCGGAGGUUCGAAAUCGAAAUCGAAAUCGAAAUCUCCGCCGACGACGCCUGUCUCUGCUUCGGCGUCUCUCGCGGUGAAAAACGUUAGGGUUUUGGAGACGAAUCGUAUUGCUGAUGAUCCCGAGGAGCCUGUUACGGUUACGGAUGUGACGCCUCUGACUUCUCCGCCGUCUUUCGCGGCGGGAAACGUUAAGGCUCCAGGAGGAGGAGCUUCGAAAUUGAAAUCUCCGUCGCGUGUUUCUGCUUCACCGUCUCUCACGGAGGUGCCGCCUCUUUCUUCUCCGUCAUCUUUCGCGGCCGCCGAUGUUAGGGUUACAAGAAGCCAUUUCGAUUCCAAAUCGCCUUCUCCCCCGACUGUUUCCGCCGGCGAUGUUAGGGUUCCGGGAAAGCAGCCGGAUCUCGAUUCUUCUUCUCCUGAGUCUGCAGCUGCAAUUGAUGAUUAUGAAAUUGAGAUUCCAUUCAAAGAAGUUAUCGAAGCUCUUCUUCGUAACAAUGGAGAGAAUCUCGACGAUAGAGAUGAAAGAGUUAGCUACGUUGAGAUCCUCAAACGAUUUGGCCUUAAGUUUCCCUAAAUAGAUAACGAAUCCAACUUCUUUCCUUUUUUCAAUAAUAACAAUUACAUCCGUAAAAGAAAAGUUGAGAGCUUUACGGUUUUGGUUGCUUGAGCGACAAGUAAUCAUAAGCUACGUUACAUUUCUUUUUCUACAAGGCUAAAUCCCUACAAAGAUUAAAACUGGUUCGCCGUUUGCAUUGAAAUAAUUGUAGUUGGUUCAAUUCAAGCUCAGCUCUACUUUUUCCUGAAUCUUAAGCAACAAUUGUGCUUAGUUUUGGU